CAGAGAUCCUUGAAAGCGCGCAAAAGUGAAUUUGUUUACGUUUGUGUUCCGGUUGCACAUCGGGAGCAUCUAAACCAUUUCAGCGGCAUUUCCGGCAAUUUUACCUCACUAACGAUAAUUAUCGUUCACGAUGGAUUCUACCAUAUCAGUAUCGAAGGGAGUCUUCGUGUUCAAGAACGGCGCAACCAAAGCGAAAACCCGUCGCCAACCGCAGAAAUGUCGCAGCAUACCGAACAGGGCCAUCACGGACACGGUCUGGUACGGAAGCUACCGGAAAAUGUGGACCAAGAUUCGCGACCAGCUGGAGCAGCUUCAGUCGUGCAGCUAUGGUAAAAUUUUGGACGAUUUGCUGAAGUUUGUAGAGGGCUGCUACCGGAGUUUGGAGUAUGAGGGCGUUUUGCCGACCGCGGCUCUGCUCACCGGAAUCAAUCAAAUCGAUCAUAUGGCCCAGUUCGAAACGCUGGCCGGGAAUAUAAGGAACAACACGUUGUCCUUGGUGGUGUUGCUCCAGUCCCGGGAUUGUCCCAGCAUGAAGGCAGCCGUGGAGACACUGGUGGCCGGAUUUGUGGAGGAAAGUCGUACCUCGGAGCAGGACGAUAGCGACAGUCGAAGAUUGCGGAGGAACCAGUUGAACUUGGGAGUGUUGCGAGCAUGGUACCUGGAGAAGCAUCAACACCUGGAUGAGAAACCGAAUCUGACGGUCAUCGUGCCGGACUUUGAGGUAUUCAGUCCGGAGGUCCUGCAGGACUUGCUGCUGGUGCUGAAUUCCUAUGCAGCGGAAUUGCCAUUCGUGCUGGUUUUCGGAGUUGCCACCUCAGUUGCCACGAUUCACAGCGUGCUACCCUACCACGUGACCAGCAAGAUCAAGCUUAGCAUAUUCCAGUCGGAACCGUCCGUUGCCAAUUUGAACAAGGUUUUGGAGAGCGUUCUGUUGACGCCGUACUGUCCGUUCCAUUUGUCCGGUAAUAUGUUCAAGCUGCUGACGGACAUAUUUCUGUUUUAUGAUUUUUCUGUGAAGGGAUUUGUCGAGGGAUUUAAGUAUGCCCUUUUGGAACACUUCUGCCGUGGCCCGAUAUACGCGCUAUGCAGUGCCACUAGUGACCGAGAUGAGCUAGAAGAAAUUGUGGAUCAAUUGAGCGCGGCCGAUUUGGAAAGCAUUCGCCAGUUGCAAUCGUUUAGACCGCUGAUUGAAUCGCUGAACAAUCCCCAAGAAGUAAUAGAUUUUCUAACAAAAGACGACUACUUACGCCGGAUGCUGCCAUCGAUUUUGAUCGACGUGCACAACUUUUGGUUUAACUUUCACUGUGCGAUGGAGAUGUUGCUAGUUUUGGUUCACGAUUUACCCAAAGCUCCUCUUGGGAAGCAGCUGAGAGAGUUAUACUGCCACUGUAUCUCAUCAGAUGUGACUCAAACUGAUGAAUUCCGGCAGUGCAUGCAAAUGGUGUCGUUCAUGUCCAAAGAAGAGCUCCUAGCUAAGACGUUGAAGGUCAUGGAGGUUUGUAUUGGUUAUGUCGACAGGAACGAUGAGGCCUCCGAUCAAGGAGUAACGAUUUUUGAAGUGCAAACGUUGGAAAAGAUCAUCAAUGAUUUGGAACGAUUCUCAACAGAAAUCGCCGCCGCCAGUAUGGAGCGAGUAACUGUUAUCUCAUCGGAUGCCAAUUUGAUUUCUUCGCCCAAGAUGAGUCGACAGGAGUUGAAUCAAAAGCUACUGAGUGCGGCUCGUCAGCCGAAGACGGAAUCCCCGUUUAUGCAAUCCGUUAGUAACUUAGUCUCCUAUUUAACCCACGAUGUGUUCCGAAAGCACCUUCGGCCAUCCAGUAAGACUACUCCUUUGAUUGAGCUGUUUGUGUUCAGUGAUUCGGCUACGAUUCGGCAGCACAUGGUCGGAGUGCCACGUGCUGCAGUUCACACGGCGCUCAACAAUCCACACUACUAUCUGCAGUGCGAAUGCUGCGAGAUGGAUGAAGACGGCAGUCUGGUUCAGACACUUCCGGACCUUUCGGUGGCUUACAAACUGCAUCUGGAGUGCGGACGAAUGAUUAAUCUAUUCGACUGGCUGCAAGCGUUCCGUACGGUAGUGGACGAAGCCGGACCCGAUGACGAUCAGGAGCAACAGGUUGAUCCCAAGAUUCAAGCACGGUUCACAAGGGCUGUGGCUGAGCUGCAGUUUCUGGGCUUCAUAAAAUCGUCGAAGCGAAAAACUGAUCAUGUCGCUCGGUUAACGUGGUAACUUCUAUCAUAUUUUAGUGUUUUGUAUGGUUUCGAUAGUGAAUAAAGUUUUGUAAUUUAUUUAAA